AUGGCGCACUGCGGUCCGAUAGCGGUGCUGCAGCUGCUGCCGCUGAGCUCCCUGCUGCUGCUGCUGCGGCUGCUGCUGCUGGCGCAGCCCGCGGCGGCCCGCGUGCCGGGCGUAGUGAUGCCUAGCAUUGUGGGCGGCACGGACGCGCCAAAAGGCAGGUUUGCCUACGACAUGGGGCUGCUGUCGAGCCUCGGCGGCUGCGGCGGCGCGCUGAUUAGGCAGGACGUGGUCGUCACCGCCGCACACUGUGUGGCCCCGGGAAACCCACAGGCAUGGGCCAAGGAGCUGUCCGUGUUUGUUGGCAACUACAAGAACUUCAACCGCAACGGCUUUGACGGCAUGCGGUACCGCGCGUCCAGCGUGGUGGUGCACCCGCAGUACUCCGACGUGACCCAGGCCUAUGACGUGGCUUUGGUGUUCCUGUCGCAGUGCGCGGCGCUGGGACCCAACGUGCAGGUCAUCCAGCUCGCCAGCCAAGAAGAGUUUCUCGCAGCCCAGGGCUCAGACUGGCUGAUCUCCGGCUGGGGCACCUCUGGCGCUGGCGCCAAGCAGGACGGCAUGGGCGGCCAGCUGCCCCCGGUGCUGCAGAUGGGGCGCGUCAGCGCCGGGAACGUGCUGGCCCCCGCCUCUGGCGGCGUCCCGUUUGUGGACUCGUGCCAGGGCGACAGUGGGGGCCCCAUGGUGUUCAACACCGCGGCCAGGGAAGGGCCUGAGCUGGCUGCUCCCGACAACGACAGGCUGGUCGGCAUCGUCUCAUGGGGCGCCGGCUGUGGGCAGAAGGACUCGCCCGGGGUUUACACGCACGUGCCCAACCUCAGGCCCUGGAUCCUUGCCGAGAUGGCCAAGGUUGAUGGCGCCUGCUCCGGCCCAAAGUGGUUGUCUUCGGCGUCCGCCGCCUUCACGCUCGCCAGCCAAGAGCGCAACUGGGCCGGCAGCAUCACGCGCACCACCGCCGUCGGCACAAAGUGGCCGCAGGCGCUGGAGCUCUGCAGGCGGAGCUGCGACAGGCGGGCCAAGUCGGGCGGCUGCAGCGCCUUCUCAGUCAGCCUGAGGGCCAGCGGGAAGCUCACGGUGACGACUAAGUACGCGUGUGACAUGUUCAAGGACAUGCCCUCGCGGCUGUGCGGCGCGCCGGGGUCAGAGGCCGACAGGCAGUGCAAGCAGUCCACCGGCGGCGCGUACCUCAGGGCGUGA